UCUCCCCACCCGGCUCCCUCACCGCACUUCCUGGUUACGGUCGCUAAGCAAAUCAGCACUGACAACAAUUGGGAAAUACUAUAGAUUGUGCUGAGUCUGCUGAGAUCCCUGACACCCACGCGAGCAGCACCCACCAAACCUUGAGCCUGGAUCAGAUUUUCUCAAGUGAGCACAGUUAGAAGAAAUUCAAGAUGCCUCUCAGACGAUCUACAUCCAGUGCCCGAAGUGACAGUAGCGAUGUUGACGUAGAAGGAAUAGACAGCGAACUGGCCAAACUGCAGCGCAUGUUUCGCCUGAAGGAGGUAGUGCAUCAAGAAUUUACCACCAAGGAAAAACAGAAAAUAAGGAGACAAGAAAAAACAAUACAAGCAUUGCAAAAAGAGCAAGAAGAGCUUCUAAAGAAUCUAUCAGUCUCAGAAAGUCGGAGAAACCAGGCUCGAGACCAAGGGAGCCGGGCAAAGCUGCAUUUUCUGCUGGAGCAAAAAGGAGAACUGGAUGGGCAACUUGCAGAAGAGAAGCAAGCAAUUGCAAAUUUGGAACAAGAGAUAAAAAUUUUGGAGAAGAAAUUAUCUCAACAAAGAAAACAUGGAAGAGUUUCUUCUGGGACUACUCAGAAAAAUGCUGGAACACACGUAAAAGUCAUGGAGAACAGACUCGACAGGGCCGUAACUAGAUUCAAUUCUCAGCUUUCAAAAAAUGGCAACAUGCGAGAAGAAAUCGAAAUUCUGCGUAUUGAAAAAUCGCGUUUUGAGCAGCUGUAUAAAAGACUAGAAAAGGAAUUGCUCCAGACCAGAAAGGAGAUUGGUUCUGUGAUUGACGACUCAUCUGCAGCAUACGAUGCCAGAGACGAAGCUCAAACGAAAAUGUUGCAGCUCAGGGAAAAAGCCGAGAAAGAUCUGAACCAGCACACAGCUGAAAUCAAGGAGCUCCAGCGCGUUAUCGAUCAUGACCGGAAACUGAAAGAGUUCAUGGGAGCAAAAACUCAAGAACGUGCUAUCAGUGAGGAGGUUCUCAAUGCAAGACGCAAAAAAGAGAAAGACGAAUUGGAGAGAAAGAAGAGAGACCCAACAGAAGAAACCACAGAGACGUAUGAACGGGCUUUCCAGCAAAUUCAGGCUGUUACUGGAGAGGACAACCUAGACAUCCUUGUGACCAGAUUCAUUGAAGUGGAAGAUCGAAAUUUCGCCUUAUUCAAUUUCGUCAAUGAACAGAAUAACAAGAUAGAAAGGCUGAUGGAACACAUUGCAGAGAUCAACAAAGAAAUUGAAGAAUUCCAAGCCCAAGGAGUGCGUCUGGACAAAGAACACGAGGCAAUCCUGAGGAGCAUAGAACACAAGCAGGAAGAAGCCGUGCAACAAGCAGAUGGCUACCAGCAACAGCUAAAGGGUGUCAUGAAAAUAUUAGACCAGUUAAAACCAGGAAUUGAUUCCUUGUUCAAGAAGAUAAAUUGUGACUGCUCAGUCCUGGAUGAAAUGUUGGGUUCCUCUUCUAGCAUCCGCGAGACAAACAUAAUGCAGUACCUUGGUCUCAUUGAGCAGAAAACUAAUGAGCUUCUGGCCACUCAAUCCUUCCUGGACUCAAAGAACUACGACAAGCCAUAUGAUCCACAGGAAACCGCCCGACUUCUUCUGGGCCCACUGACAGACAUGCCACCAACGGUGCUUCAGAUAAAGCCACCUACAACAGGGGAGGAUCAUGACAGCGACAUAGAAUUCCCAUCAGCAGAGGAGGAAGAGAGACCCCUAACGCACACAGAGCUCCGUGAAAGAAUCAUGAAGGGGGUGCUGAAAAAGGAACAGAAGGCAACAAGAAAAUCAAACUCCAAUGAGACUGGUACAGUUAAGAUGGCAGCCACUACCAAGAAAUGAUGGCCAGGCGUGACAAUAUGUGCAGCUUGUUACAUUCCCACCAUAGCUGAUCAUAUAAUCAAAAUAUUGUUUGUUAAAUCUUAUUAAAUAGCUCUGCUAUUAUAACACUGUUCAUAUGGGAACAGCAUCCAAGCUCUCCAUUCUCUUUUGCCUUAUUAAUGGUUAAAAUAACACAGCAAGUACAUAAGAGGUGUUUACCAGUACUUCUAUAUUCUCAGGGGUAUGAUGCAGAAUUUGGUGACCACUCAUCUACUGAACUGACCUAUUUAUGUAGCUUUUCCACCCUUCCAGAUACAGGCGAAUUUCAUACAGGAAAACACACACUUCAAAAGCUCCUUCUAGUGACAGUAGUUGAACUGCUGACAGAGGAGCCACGGGAAGGCCCAUUUAUGAAAGGUCAAAUAUCGAAUUUGUGUGAUUUUUUUGAACUUUAAUAAAUUCGAAUAUACUCGAAAAAAAA